AUGAAAUCCAUUAAUGGAGAUUUCCCAGAUGAUUUCAUACUUAUGGGCUUUAGCAAGUACGCAUGGCUGGAUCUUCCCCUCUUCUUUGUCCUCCUGACCUCCUACAUGUUCACAUUGCUGGGAAACAUUGCUAUUAUUUUGGUUUCUCAACUUGAUUCCCAGCUCCAAAGUCCCAUGUAUUUCUUCCUUACCAGCCUUUCAUUUUUGGAUCUCUGUUUUACUACUACAACUGUCCCUCAAAUGUUGUUUAACUUACAGGGACCCAACAAGAACAUCACUUAUAUAGGCUGCAUGGCCCAGGCCUAUGUGUUUCAUUGGCUAGGCUGUACUGAAUGUGUCCUUCUUGGUAUCAUGGCCUUAGAUCGCUAUGUGGCCGUGUGCAAGCCUCUGAGGUACUCUGUUAUUAUGGACCACAGGCUCUGUCUUCAGCUGUCUGGCACUGCUUGGUUGACUGGCCUGGCCAACUCACUGCUGCAGUCUACACUUACCAUACAGUUACCCCUGUGUGGAAACCGAAUGCUGGACCACUUCUUCUGUGAGCUUCCUGGGCUUAUUAAGAUGUCUUGUGGGGAUACCACAGUCAAUGAGAUUACUUUAGCAGUGGUGGCCACAUUCUUUAUAAUGGGUCCCCUCUCCAUGAUACUUGUAUCUUAUAGUUACAUUGCCCAAACUGUAUUUCGAAUGCCUUCUGCAGCAGGGAGACUCAAGGCUUUCAACACUUGCUCAUCACACCUGCUGGUGGUGUCUUUAUUUUAUGGACCAGGGAUCUACAUCUACAUGCAACCCUCAGAGGAUGGCUCCCAAGACCUCAUCAAGGUCUUGACUCUGUUUUACUGUGUCAUCACUCCCAUGGCUAAUCCGUUCAUCUACACUCUGAGGAACAAAGAUGUCAUAGGAGCUUUGAAGAGGCUUCUGAGGAAGGCCAUUUCAACUAAGGGGAUAUGA